CACAGCUGAGCUACAUAGAACAAACCUAUUCCGAAGAGCUGCUCACAAGGCCAUUUUGUGAUCUAUAAACAAAAUUUUGUGAAUUUUCAGAGUCAACAAUGGGGAGAGAUCCUACUGUGGUUAUAUGGCUGAUGCUGACUUGGGGAGUAGUCACAGCUCAAAUAGGUAAGGUGGAGCGGGCACUGCCACAGUGGCUGACGGGCAUCAUAGCUGUGGCCGUGUUUCUCUUCCUCAUCUUCGUGGCGUUUCUGGUCAACAAGGCCUGGUGUCAGGACUCGAGGCCAGACACCAAAGAAUGUGAGUGUGGGAAGACCCCUGGGUAUGCCAAGACCAAUGGAGACCACUAUGAUACCAGCCUGGACAUGUUCAGGAGCAGAGAUCACGAGGGUGCAUAUGAGAACAUGGACCUCGAAGGUAUUGAGGACAAAGUCACUGUCAUGUGACCAAUGAGAACCAAUAGAAGCCACCAAUCUGUGGUUUGUCGUGCACACGCACACACACACGUAGUUUCAGAGACAUGCAAAAGCAAUUUACCAAGAGCACUCCAAGCAAGUCGCAAAAAGUUUCAAGAUCAGUAGAUAUCCAUUAAAGUGAAUCUUAGAGUGUAGAAUCUAAUUCUGAUUUGUUUAAAAAGCUACAGUACAUAUGGGCCUAAUGUGUGAUAGAACUCUUAAAACCCUUUCCUGUAGUCAAAGGACCAAAUCGCCAUCUAGUGGCCUCAUGGGUGGAAUGUUAUUAAUAUUUUUCAUAAUU